AUGACUUUAAUUAAUAAACCCAAUUUUUACGGCUUAAAACGGCCUAAUCAUAUGAAUUUGAAGGAGUUUUUUAAGUAUGCUCAGAACAACUCUUUAAACCCUCAAUCUCCAUAUUAUAAAGGAGUUUUUUAUGAAUAUAUAGUCCAAAAUACGCUUCAGAGAUACAAUAUGGAUUUAAAACAUGUAGGAGGAGCAAAUGAUCAUGGUAUUGAUCUCCGAGGAAACUGGUAUUAUAGAGGGAAACAAACAAGAUAUCAAUGUCCGGUGAUUAUACAAUGCAGAAAUGAACAAAAAAAGACAGGUACUCAGUGUGUUCGUGAGAUGGAAGGCGUUUUAUCCACUGAAAGUAAUAAUACUUUGGGUUUAAUUUCAUGCUGUGGAUUUACACAAAUAGCACAAAGACAAUUAUUAAAGGCAUCAAAAGCUAUAGCUAUGUGUGUUAUAUUGCCAAGAGGAAACAAUGGAUAUCUCCAACAAUUUAUCUGGAAUAUGAAAGUUAACGAGUUGAUUAAAGGUCUUGGAGUGCAAAUCAGAUAUAUAGAGAAAACAGAUGAAAAAUCUGGUGUUGGAGAAGGACCAUACCAAGAACUCGUACUAACAAUUGACGAUCAAAUCAUAAAACAAGGAAGAAAUUACGAAGAGAAAAUAUCAUAG